AUGACACAUCAGAAUAACACGGAUAAGAAAUCUUCGAAAUUUGAUACUAGACACUUGCCUUUCACUAUUCGAACCCUUCUAGAUUUAAAUAACACAAAAGACAAAAAAGCAAAUAGCAAAAAAGAUAAAUCCGUACCAGAAAACCAUUGUAAGGUGACUUCGAAGAAUGGAUGUACUAAUGAUUCAUUGAAACAUUCAAAUUCAAUGGUUUCAACUCCUUUAAAUUCCGAUGUAAAACAGAAUUAUGACCCACCAAUAGGUCAUUUAAAUUAUUGUCCCUCAAAUGCUCUAGAGAAUAAACUAUUUUUACAAUUUUUCAAAAAUGUAUACUUAUCACAGACUCAAAAUACUAACUUCCAGAUGCCAAUGACAAAUUUUUAUCAGCCAAAUAUUUUACAAGAAUACUUGAUUCAGUCUCAAAAUAUUCAUGACAUGUCAAAAAUUAUGCCGUCCAACUCAUGUAUGAGUUCAGCGGAACCAUCAGAUACCAGUUUUUAUCCAAACACUGUCAGCAAUAACAAUAAUAAUAAUGUUAAUUUCAACAAUAGCAACUGUAUGAAUGACAGUGUUCCUAGAAUACGUGAAUUUGUAGACCAUUUACAAAAGAGUCAGUUGCCAAAACUUUUAGAUUUCACUUCAUUUUAUUCUCCGUCUUCUAAUCUUCAAUCAUCUGUAUUUAAUAGCCAGCCAGAGGUAUUAAAUUCUUCACUGAAAAACUUCAGUUCAGAUAUUUCACACGCUAAAUGUACUUCUUCUUCUUCUUCCUUGGUAAAUCCACUUAGAGGAGAAUUAUCCCACGAAGAUGACCAAAAUAAUAAUUUCUUCAGGAAUAUUGACAAAAGAAUACUAACCAAACCUAAACUUGAAGAUUCUUUCAGUGCUAUAGAUCAACACAUCACACCAAUACCUGACAGUUGUAAACUGCAUUACAAUGACAAUCAUAAUACAGGAUCCACUGGGCAGUUAUUGCUAAAUGCCGAACAGUCUUUAAACAAUUUAACAUCAUCACAAUUACCACUAUCAUCAGCUUCUAUGGCUUCCUUUUUUCCUUCCCUUAACCUACUACAAAGUCAACAGUUAAAAAGGCAGUUUAAUUAUACUUUUGAUAAUUCAUUCUGGAAUCCAGUAUAUGAUUAUUCCCCGGAUAAUGGAGGCGGAGGAGGCGGUGGUGUAAGUACAUGGAAAAAUAAUGUCAGUUCAUAUUCCACACCAGUUACCUUUAAUUACAACACCACGAAUGAUCUUGUUAACCAGACAAGCGUACCACUUCCUGGAGCCGCAAUCAUUUCCAGGAAUAAUAAUAAUAAUACUAACUCAGUAGCAAAUACUGACAUUAAAACAAAUACUACUACUCAUAAACAUAAAAGUAGCAAGAGUCCCACUACUACGAAUACUAGCAGCAGUAGUACUAGCAGCAUACGUGAAUAUAAAAAUAAAUCGAGGAAAACAAAUUCUGUCAGUACUGUAUACAAAAAGUCUAACAAUACACUAAAUCAUUUAUCCCCAUCCAACAGUACGCAAGUACAAGCUCAGUGUGUGAAUGAAGAUGAUUUCGUCAGUUUGAAUGACAAUGAAAAUAUUGAUGACAAUGAUGAUGAUGACGAUGAAGAUAACAACAGCAAGUCCAGUAAACGAAGAAGACACAGGACAAUAUUUACAAGUGGGCAGAUAAAAGAAUUAGAGAAGGCAUUCCAUGAAGCCCAUUAUCCAGAUGUCUAUCAACGUGAAUUACUGUCAUUGAAAGCUGAACUACCAGAAGAUAGAAUCCAGGUAUGGUUUCAAAAUCGUCGAGCUAAAUGGCGUAAAACUGAAAAGAAAUGGGGUAAAAGUAGCAUAAUGGCUGAGUAUGGUUUAUAUGGAGCUAUGGUCAGACAUUCAUUACCACUACCUAAAACUAUUCUCAAGUCAGCACUGGAUAACAAUGACGAAUCAUGCGCACCUUGGUUACUAGGCAUGCAUAGAAAAUCAUCCAUGCAGUCCAGUGUAGAACAGGACACUAAAGAAGAUCCAGUCUUGGAUUCAAGUAACUGUGCUGCUCUGUCAAGUCCUGCAACUACGGUGACAUGUUUAACUGAGUCGAUACACUCAUCAAAUGAGUCAGACAAAAUGAAUCUUGACGAUGAAGUACUGAAUAGCAAAAAUGAUCUGAAUGAUAAUAAUAAUAAUAACAAAAACAACAACAGUAACAGCACAAAUGAGGAUCACGAUGGCAAUGAAGCUGAUGACAGAGAUGAAAAGAAACCUGAUAAUUAUAAAUAG